AUGGCGCACGCGACGCUUCUCCGGUCUCUACGACCAACCCCCCUCUCCAUCCGUCCUCUCCUCCACCGACAUGCCCACUCGGGCUAUUAUCAACCCUUUGUACCACCAUCACCAAGCUCACUAGGCAAGCCCCAAGCUGCGAAAACAUACACCCGUACCCGCAAAUGGCUCCGCCGAUUCUUCUACACCUCCAUUGCGGGAGGUGUGGUUUACGGCAUCGAUAACCAAUUCUACGCCGCCUCCCUCACGCGCACCUUGCGAACAUUCUCCCUUGGCCUUAUCGUCGCACUUGAUUAUAAAAUCAAUUUCAGACCACAUCCGCUCUUUGCUAGCUCUAUUGCAGCCGUGCAUGCGCGCAACGCGGAGCGCUUAUCGGAUCUCCUACGUCACAAUGGAGGACUCUACCUGAAGAUGGGACAGGCGAUCGCCAUGCAAUCCGCCAUCUUACCACAGGAGUUCCAGGCAAUGUUCUCGCGUAUGUUCGACGAUGCCCCGCAGAAUGAUUGGAAGCAGGUCGAGAAGGUCAUUCGGGAGGAUUUUGGAAAAUCCCCGGAAGAGGUCUUUGGGGUAUCGUUCUCUGGUGAACCUGGGAAAGGUGUCAUGGAGCGCAAGGCUCGUGCCAGUGCCAGUGUUGCUCAGGUUCACUGGGCUCGUCUAGCUGAUGGAAGGGAGGUUGCAAUCAAGAUCCAAAAACAAGAAAUCGCACAGCAGUUGGCUUGGGAUUUGUGGGCUUUCAAAGUCGUGACAUAUAUUUAUAGCAAUAUGUUUGACAUCCCCUUCUCAAGCUUGGUUCCUUACAUAAGUGAACGCCUGUCACUUGAAACGGAUUUCGAGAAUGAAGCCACCAACUCCGAGACCAUGGCCCGCCUAGUAGCUGGUGAACCUAGACUACGCGACCGAGUUUACAUCCCGAAAGUACACCGUGAGCUGAGCUCAAAGCGUGUGAUGACUGCGGAAUGGAUCGAGGGCGUACGUUUAUGGGAUAAAAAUGCCAUCACUCGGACCUGGCGCGGUGGCUGGAGACAGGGCAGCCCAGGGUGCCACGGCACUCCCUUGGACCAACCGAAUGCCAUCCAGCACCAAAACCACCAGGCUGGGCAACUCAAGCCAGAUCGGAAUUACUGGAGGGGACCGAGUAAUAGAGGCGGGCUGGGCCUGUCUGUAAAGGAUGUUAUGACGACGAUGGUUGAUCUGUUCUCCGCCCAGAUGUUCCUGUGGGGGUGGGUGCAUUGCGAUCCCCAUCCUGGAAACAUCUUCAUCCGCCGCAAGCCAUCCGGAAAGCCAGAAUUAGUCCUCAUUGACCACGGCCUGUACAUUCACAUGGACCCCGACUUCCGACACCAGUACGCUCGGUUUUGGAAGGCCCUUUUAACCUUUGACAAUAAGACACUCAGUGAGGUCGCCGAACAAUGGGGUGUUAAGAACCCGGACAUGUUUGCUUCUGCAACCUUGAUGCGUCCUUAUCGUGGAGGCGACAUGUCAACACAGCGUGGUAUCCAGGGACUCACCAAAUCCCAGAUCCAAGAACGCCACUAUGAAAUGCAGCAGGCAGCCCGCAAGGCGAUCCGCGAGAUUCUCGGCGAUGAACAAAAAUGGCCACAGGAGCUCAUCUUCAUCGGUCGAAACCUCCGCAUCGUCCAGGGAAACAACCAGUACCUUGGAUCGCCUGUGAAUCGCCUCAAGAUCACAGCGAUUUGGGCUUCACGGGCGCUUGUGGAGUCACCCGAUUUGCCAUUGUUGGAGAAGGUCCGCAAUCUUGGUCAACAUGUUGUUUUCCGUUUGGUCCUUUUCAGCAGCGAUGUUUUCUUCUAUUUCACCAAGGUUCGGCAGUUCCUACACCUCGGUGGAGGCAUGGAAGAUGACAUCGAGGCCCAGAUGCAGGGCAUGGCUAAAGAGAUGGGCGUGGAGCUUAAUCACAGCGUUUUCGAGGGAUAG